AUGGACAGUUUCUGGGCUGCUGGGCCUAUGGGGUUGCAGAGGCAUAAACUGCAUAGUUUAAUUGAGAUUGUGUUCAUUUUUUCGGGAAAAAUAGCGAAGCUUUUGUUAGAUUCAGUCCAGAAGCAGCCCCACAGAGUUCUUGAAGACCACUUCAUUUCUCUGUUACGAUCAUGUAAGACAGUGGCGCUUCUUGAGAAAGUUCAAGCCCAGAUAAUUACCCACGGGUUUCAACACAAUGAAUAUGUAGCCCCAAAUGUUGUGUCUGCGUGGGCUAAUCUCAAGCGAAUGGCUUAUGCCCGCCAUCUGUUCGAUCAUUUUCCUGACCCAAAAGUGGCGCUCUGGAAUUCAAUCCUCAGAGGGUAUGCCCACAACGAGUUUUACAGGGAAGUGGUUCUUUUGUUUGGGAAAAUGAAGAGCACGGACGUGAGACCCAACUGCUUCACGUUCCCUCUUGUUCUCAAAUCUUGUGCCAAAAUCAAUGCAUUCGUGGAAGGGGAGGAGAUUCAUUGUGAGGUCAUUAAGGGUGGGUUUAGAGGGAACCAAUUCGUGGCUACUACUCUGAUCGAUGUGUACUCUGGUGGGAGGGCAAUUGGGUCUGCCUACAAGGUGUUUGUUGGAAUGCUUGAGAGAAAUAUAGUAGCCUGGACUUCCAUGAUCAGUGGCUACAUUUUGUGCAAUGAUGUGACAUUUGCACGGCGGCUGUUCGACUUGGCACCCGAACGAGAUGUUGUGCUGUGGAGCAUUAUGGUUUCUGGUUAUAUUGAAAUAGGGCAUAUGGAGGCAGCAAGAAAGCUGUUUGAUGCAAUGCCGUACCGUGAUGUGAUGUCUUGGAAUACAAUGUUGAGUGGUUAUGCAAAUAAUGGGGACGUUGAGGCUUGCGAGCAUCUGUUUGAAGAGAUGCCCGAGCGGAAUGUUUUCUCCUGGAAUGGAUUGAUUGGAGGGUAUGCUCAUAAUGGGCGUUUCUUUGAUGUAUUGAGUUGUUUCAAACGGAUGCUACUCGAUGGCCAGGUAGUUCCCAAUGAUGCCACCCUUGUGACUGUGUUGUCUGCUUGUGCGAGAUUGGGAGCUCUUGAUUUGGGAAAGUGGGUGCAUGUAUACGCUGCGACCAUCGGGUUUAAAAGAAACAUUUAUGUUGGAAAUGCAUUGAUAGACAUGUAUGCAAAAUGCGGUGUGAUAGAGAAUGCAAUGGAAGUAUUUGGGAGCAUGGAUUCAAAAGACCUUAUUUCAUGGAAUUCUGUGAUCUGUGGCUUGGCAACUCAUGGAUGUGGGGCGGAUGCGUUAAAUUUGUUUCACCGGAUGAAGAACUCUGGCAAAAAACCGGAUGGAAUCACCUUCAUUGGGGUAUUGUGCUCCUGUACUCAUCUUGGAUUAGUUGAAGAAGGCAUCUCAUAUUUCAACUCAAUGGUCCAUGACUACUCCAUUGAUCCUCAGAUUGAGCAUUAUGGUUGUAUGGUCGAUCUAUUUGGCCGAGCUGGUCUUUUGGACCGGGCAAUUGAGUUCGUGAAGAGGAUGCCGAUCAAAGCAGAUGCUGUCAUCUGGGCUGCCCUGCUAGGUGCGUGCAGGACUUACAAAAACAUUGAUUUGGCAGAAUUAGCUCUUCAGAAACUCAUUCAGCUCGAACCCAAAAACCCUGCAAAUUACGUCAUGCUAUCGAAUAUUUAUGGAGAUCUUAGUAGAUGGAAAGACGUUGCACGGUUGAAGAUUUUAAUGAGGGACACCGGGUUCAAAAAGUUGCCAGGAUGUAGCUUGAUUGAGGUAAAUGAUAGCGUGGUUGAGUUUUAUUCCUUAGAUGAGAGGCAUUCUCAGAGCAAGGAAAUAUAUGGAGUCUUAAAGGGAUUGAUGAAAUUGUUAAGAUCGUAUGGAUAUGAACCAAAUAUUAUGGAACUCCAGCAGGGUUCAUGAACUAACCUUUUUAGUUAUUCAUAUGGCAUCUUACCCACCUACAGUAUUUAACCUCAGCUAUUCGAAGUUCGGAACUAACCCGAUACAACACACACUCACACCUACAACAAUUUAGCAGUCCUCUAAGUUAUAACGACGUCUACGUGCACUGUUCAUAAACGCGAGAUUGAUUGUCAGAAACCGUCUCCCGCCCCUCAUACGUUCGACACUUCUGCUAGUCGGGCAACAUGCAUACUCAUCCAUCUCAUUCUUGGGUUGCUCCCUCAUUGAUCCUCAAUCUAACAACAUGAUUUUGUCUGAAUCUUUUUGCUUGUGUUAUUUCAAACUCUUUUCCCUUAUCCAACUUAUUUGCAAUAUUUUGUACAAUGUUAGUGUUGUUGAAACCCUGCUUGAGCUACAUAAGAGGAUAAUCAGUUAAGUGAUAUAAGAUGGGAAAAGGAACAAGACUUUGAUCCUUGUGGUA